CUGUUUGACGUUUUGCUGCAUUUAUUUUGUCCAAAUCAAAACAAAAUUGAAGUUUUAUCCCUAAACCAGUCGGAAAACAUUACAGCCUUGUCAAUCGUAUUGGCCCGGAAAAGAUCCGAAUUCCGCAAUGGAGAUGUAAGUCGAACUUCUCAGCGUCAACCCAAACGCUUCCAUUCUGACCAACUUCGAGGUUAUGGCGACACUGAAAAACAUGAAGAGCAGCAAGAAAAAGCACGGCCUCCGCAAUUUGGCCACCAUCACGUACGAGACGCUCCAGUACCUGGAGGACACCCCGUGCAGGGACCAGACCGCGGAAUCGGUCGUGGAGUUCCUGAAGGCCAUGAAGCAGUUCAAUCUCACCAGAAACGAGUGCCUGAUGAUGAUUAACGAUCCGCCCGGCUCGGCGCUCCACAUUCAGAUCAUGAUCGAGGACUCGGACGAACGGCUGACCGACGAGCAGGUGAACCACAUACUGGAAUGUGCGGCCAAGCUGCCGGUGGUGCACGGAACGAGUCAGCAGACGGAAGGUCAAGAGUAAACCAACCCAUUGAGGGUUGUGCUGGCGUCCUAUCGUUUCUUAUAUUAAGAAAUAUGUUAUUCAUUUUAUGUUGGCCGCGUAGAGUUUGAAGACUAUUCUAUUAAAUGUGAGAAUGGCCUGUUGACUUUUACA